GCCAACUCCUCCCUCGGGGGCGGUGACAAGCGGGGCCCAAAAUGGCGGGCAACCGCUACCGGCGUUUUCUUAAGCUCUGUGAGGAAUGGCCCGUGGACGAGACCAAACGGGGCCGGGACUUGGGUGCUUACCUGCGGCAGCGGGUAGCACAGGCCUUUCGGGAGGGAGAGAACACGCAGAUUGCAGAGCCUGAGGCCUGUGAUCAGAUGUACGAGAGCUUAGCACGACUCCAUUCAAACUAUUACAAACACAAGUACCCACGCCCCAGAGAUACAAGCUUCAGUGGUCUGUCCUUGGAAGAGUACAGAUUCAUCCUGUCCUCAGACACUUUGCAAGAGUUUAAGGUAAUGAAUAAAGGCAUGUGGAAGAAGCUUCAGGAGAAGUUUGCCCCCAAGAGUCCCGAGGAGAAGCAUAAGGCCUGGGCUCAGGCCUUAUUUCGCCCGCGUACAUAAGUGUGGGGUCUUGUAUGUUGCCAUCAUAAAUAAAACUGCUUCGAUUUCCCC